AUGGUCAGAGUUAGUCUGAGUAAAAAAAUGCAUACCUUUUAUACUACUACUACUACUACUACUACUACUACUACUACUACUACUACUACUACUACUACUACUACUACUACUACUACUACUACUACUACUACUACAAAUAGUAUAGUUGUCAUAAAUAAUGGACACCUCAGAAUGAGAAUUUCAAUAGACACUCAUCCAAAAUGUGCAUACCGAAAAUGA